AGUGAAAAACUCAAUUCUCUGCCUUCCCAUUGGUCCGCAAAAAUCAGCUUUCCGGCGGCUUUGAAAUACCCAGCAUUUCCCUCCACACGCUCUGCAGCUACUGAAUUCUCAUCCUCUUGUCACUGAAAGGCUUUUGCCAAAUCCAUUUUCCUCCCUUCUAUUCCCCUCCCUCCUUUAUCCCGCGCGUUCCUUUGGCGACCUGACGUCGUCAAAUGAACCUGCAUCUUCAUUAUUAUUUUGAUUGCAAGGUACGCUUUCCCGUGGCGUCCUCGGACAAAAGGCACACAAACAUUGCCUCUUCCCUCUGAAGAGGUCACCCGCUAGAUAAAUGGUCUUCAAGCCGUUUACCCACCUCGCGCGUCAGAGUUUCACCAAAGCCUUUACUCAUGGCUAUGCUCAAUCCGUAGUCGCGGCGUCGCAGUCGUCAUACGCGUCGACCACCACAUUCAACCAGAUUGCCAGUCAACCCGCCGCUAAGCUAUCUCGGACGACGCAACUACAAAAUGUUUUCCAGCCAUCUAGCUCGUCCGGUGCGGGCGCCAAGGCCAGCCAGGGCACUUCGGGCUCCGGCGAUUUGGGCUUGGCUGCCUACUAUGCUGCCUGGCAGCAUGCCCAGCAGACGGGCGACGACAGUGACUGGAAGCAGAUGCAACUGAAAAGGAAGGUUGGCUGGAAGCCGUCUUUGAACGAGGAUGGCGUCAAAUCGAAAGAGUCCGACAACCUGCCCUCGACCGACAACAACUUCCAGAAUUCGCCUCAUAUCACCAAGGCGUCCGCCAACGCAGAUGUCAGUGCCAAGGUUGAAGAAGCUGUAGCCCGGGAGAUUCAAAUACAGGAGGAGCAGGCUCAGGUCGAUGAGGCUUCUGAAGCCAAGGAGAACACGGAUACGGAAGCUUUCCCUGACUUGCCGCCGGAUGUUGCUGCUGUCGCCGAUGCCUCCUCCGAGCAUAGCCGCCUUGCGUCAGAGCACAUCACCGAUUUGGCAUCGGGCAAGAAAUUCGCUGAAAUCCCCGGAGCAUUUGCAACGCUUCUGCGGGAUGGUCUUACGCCUACGGUCGGUGCCUACAAUGCCCUUCUCGAAUCGGCCAUUCAACUCCAUGGCGAUACUGCUCAGGCUAUCCAGAAGGCCCUGGAUGUCUACUCGGACAUGCUUCGUCGCAGGGUAGUUCCCGACGAGCAGACCUACCAAACUUUGGUGCAGCUUUUCGUGGUCCGUGCCAAUGAUGCCAUCAAGUCUAAGGGCAUGCUGGAGCAGGAGCGUGUUCGCUACGGUGGUAUGGAGGAGCCGGGCAAGUUCAUGUUGCACUCCAGUGAGCUGGAGCGCGCCAUUCUCGCCGAGGAUCACUCUUUGGGAAUUGCGAUGAAGUUGUUCAACACUGCCGCCACGCGUCAUGCCGAUCUCGUCUUCCCUCUUGACACCUACCGCCAUCUGAUCAACGCCUGUGCAAAGGAGGGCCAAGUCGAAGACAUGAUCCGAGUGUAUGGGCAUAUGGAGUCCCACAAUGUGACCCCGCACGCUUCGAUUUUCCCGUCCAUGAUUGAUGCCUUUGCCUCCACGGGAGAUCUGCAGAGUGCUGUGGAAUGUUACAACGAAUACAAGGGAUUGGCGGUUUCGGACGAUAACGGAACCUUCUGCAUUGUGCAGCGGUUGGAUGGUCAGGUGUACGCUGCUCUGGUCCGGGCGUACCUGGUCUGCGGGAAGGAGCAGCAAGCUUUGCGAUUCCUGGAGCGGAUCCAGGCCUCCUUUGAGGAGGUGACUGAGAACCGUGAGGCGCGUCAGCAAGCCUUGGAAUCGGCCGUGGUGCAGGAUGGGCUGGUGCAGCAUGCGCUCACGUCGGGCGAGUACGGGCGGGCGUUGGAUCAGGCCAAGACCCGGUUGCGCGAUGGAGCCCUCGAUCAUGCCAUGUCCCAGAUCUGCAUUGCCGCGGCGGAUGCGGGUAAUCUGCAGACAGCUUCCGAAGCAUACGAUGCUCUCCCCACCGACAUGACCAUUCGUCAGAGGCCCGCCGUCUCGAUGCUCGCCUUGCAUGUGCGUCAGGGCAAUGUGUCAGCUGCCCGGGCUGUGUGGCUCACCCUGAACACCACCGGUCAGGCAACACCGGACAUGGUCCAGCCGACUGCCAUGUAUGCGGUGGCACUGUUGAAGAGUGGUCAGAUCGAGGAAGCCUUGGUUCAAGCUCGCAAUAUGUUUGCUCGUGUCCGCAACGCUUCCGCCGUCGCUGACAACUCUAUUCUGAACCCCAUCCGUGAACAGAUCAACGAAAGCCUUCAUCUCAUCGGUCGCGUUCUUGUGCAGACAGCGGCUGUCCUCUCUCCUCAAGCUGCCAUGUCUCUCCUGUGGUCGAUGGUCGAGAACGGAGGCCUGAUCUCCCCUGUCGCUGAACAUGUCGUCGCCAGCCUUGGUCCUAUCGGUAUCUCUCAACUGAACGCCCGCGAUCUCAUGCUUGCCCUCCAGGUUCAGGCUGGCAUGUUGCUCAACCACAGCGCUAUGUUCGACGUGGCUCACCCCAUUCGUUUCUCUCACAUGCUCGACAUUGCUCUGGCUACCGGGUUGCCCAUGGAUGCUACCACUACUCGUGUCGUCGACCAGGCCGUCGGCAAGCUGUUCAACAGCCGGCCGGACAUGGUCAAGAGAUGGCACGACCACCUGGCUUUGACCUCCAGCCCGUCCUCCUUCAUGAGCGGCCGCCACUCUCCCAGCUCGGAUGUGUCGACGAUGACCCCCAUGUCCUCCACCGAUGAAUCGUUUGACCCUUACGCCUACGCCACCGACUUCCGUGGAUCGUCGAUGAUCUCCGACGAGCUGGAGAGCACCAGUGGCAAGCUGGAGGCUCACCUGAACGACGCUCUUUCUCGUGUCCGCAACAUGCGCCGCAACGGCCGCCACCCUCGCUACAUCACGUACGCCAAGAUGAUCACGGCCGCUACCAAGUGCAACCGGGUCGAUCUGGCCUACGAGAUCCUGAGCAUGGCUAGACGCGAUGUGCCUCUUCUUCCUCAGUACAGCGCCGUCAAGUACGGCUGGGUUUCGAUCCUAGAUGCCAUGGUGGCGUCGUGCCUAACUCUGGGCGACCGCAGCCAAGCCUCCAAGUUCCACCAGGAGCUUCUCGAACUCGGCUCGGCUCCUUCUGCCAACACCUUCGGUCUCUACAUCACCACCCUCAAGGAAUCCACCAAGACGUUCGACGAAGCCACCGAGGCCUUGAAGAUCUUCCACCGCGCCGUGGCCGAGGGAGUGGAGCCUACUUCGUUCCUGUACAACGCGCUCAUCGGUAAGCUGGGCAAGGCCCGCCGGAUUGAUGACUGCCUGCUGUACUUUGCGGAGAUGCGCGCCAACGGAGUCCGUCCGACGAGUGUCACCUAUGGAACGAUCGUCAACGCCCUCUGCCGGGUCAGCGACGAGCGUUUUGCCGAGGAGAUGUUCGAGGAGAUGGAGUCCAUGCCCAACUACAAGCCCCGCCCCGCCCCGUACAACUCGAUGAUCCAGUACUUCCUCAACACCAAGCGGGACCGUAGCAAGGUUCUGGCCUACUACGAGCGCAUGCUGACCCGGAACAUCCAACCCACGAUGCACACCUACAAGCUGCUCAUCGACGCUCACGCCUCUCUGGAGCCCGUGGACAUGCCCGCGGCUGAGAAGGUCCUCGAGACCAUCAAGGCUGCUGGCCAGCGACCUGACGCCGUUCAUUACGCGUCCCUCAUCCACGCCAAGGGAUGUGUGAUGCACGACAUGGAAGCUGCUCACGCUGUGUUCAAGUCUGUUGCGGAGGAGCGCAAGGUGCGGAUGCAGCCUUGUCUGUACCAAGCUCUUCUGGAGGCCAUGGUGGCCAACCACCAGGUUGCACAGACGGAGGAGAUCGUCCGGGACAUGGCUCGCCGUGGAGUGGAGAUGACUGCCUACAUUGCCAACACUCUCAUCCACGGGUGGGCUACGGAGGGCAGCGUGGCCCAGGCUAAGACGGUGUAUGACAGCAUCGGCAUCGAGAAGCGGGAGCCUAGCACCUACGAAGCGAUGACCCGGGCCUUCCUGGCCAACAACGACCGGGAAGGAGCCUCGCGCACCGUGCAGGAGAUGCUCUCUCGCGGGUAUCCCCCGGCUGUGGCCAGCAAGAUCGCCGAUCUGGUGGGCACGGGAGCUGCUGUCGCUGCUCUGUAGAGUGUUCUCUUACCGUGUUUUGCUUUUACAUCCAACAAAAGUUGCCAUCCUUUU